GGGAUUCUAAUUUUCAUGCUCUCCUACAACAAAACAUGUACACACACAUUAUGCAUAUUGUCUGAACCUUGACAGUAUAUGUGCUGAAGCUGCUGAAAGAUGGCAGAAGAAGUGGUUGUAGUAGCCAAAUUUGAUUAUGUUGCCCAACAAGAACAAGAGCUGGACAUCAAGAAGAAUGAGAGAUUAUGGCUUCUAGAUGAUUCUAAGUCUUGGUGGCGAGUUCGAAAUUCCAUGAAUAAAACAGGUUUUGUGCCUUCUAACUAUGUGGAAAGGAAAAACAGUGCUCGGAAAGCAUCUAUUGUAAAAAACCUAAAAGAUACCUUAGGCAUUGGGAAAGUGAAAAGAAAACCCAGUGUGCCAGAUUCUGCAUCUCCUGCUGAUGAUAGCUUUGUUGACCCAGGGGAACGUCUCUAUGACCUCAACAUGCCUGCAUAUGUGAAAUUUAACUACAUGGCAGAGAGAGAGGAUGAAUUGUCAUUGAUAAAAGGGACGAAGGUGAUCGUCAUGGAGAAAUGCAGUGAUGGGUGGUGGAGGGGUAGCUACAAUGGACAAGUUGGAUGGUUCCCUUCCAACUAUGUAACUGAGGAAGGUGACAGUCCUUUGGGUGACCAUGUGGGUUCUCUGUCAGAGAAAUUAGCGGCAGUCGUCAAUAACCUAAAUACUGGGCAAGUGUUGCAUGUGGUACAGGCUCUUUACCCUUUCAACUCAUCCAAUGAUGAAGAACUUAAUUUUGAGAAGGGAGAUGUAAUGGAUGUUCUUGAAAAACCUGAAAAUGAUCCCGAGUGGUGGAAAUGCAGGAAGAUCAAUGGAAUGAUUGGUCUGGUGCCCAAAAACUAUGUUACCAUUAUGCAGAGUAAUCCAUUAACCUCAGGUUUGGAACCAUCGCCUCCACAGUGUGAUUACAUUAGGCCUUCACUCACUGGAAAGUUUGCUGGCAAUCCUUGGUAUUAUGGGAAAGUCACCAGGCAUCAAGCAGAAAUGGCAUUAAAUGAAAGAGGACAUGAAGGUGAUUUCCUCAUUCGUGAUAGUGAGUCUUCGCCAAAUGAUUUCUCAGUAUCACUAAAAGCACAAGGGAAAAACAAGCAUUUUAAAGUCCAACUAAAAGAGACUGUCUACUGUAUUGGGCAGCGUAAAUUCAGCACCAUGGAAGAACUUGUAGAACAUUACAAAAAGGCACCAAUUUUUACAAGUGAACAAGGAGAAAAAUUGUAUCUUAUCAAGCAUUUAUCAUGAUACUGCUGACCAGAAAUGACUGCUGCACAGCUCUAAUUCGUCAUGUAAUUGAAGACUGAGAAAAUGUCAGUCCAGUCAUGCUUGAUUGGAUAGUGCUGUUUCUAACUCUAUAUGAGAAUUGACUAUAAUACAUAAGUAUUUUUAUUAUAACUCAGCCCAUACAUAUAUACUACGUAUGCAAAGCAUCUGCAUAAGCAAUUCCUUUUCCUUGGUCUUCUGUUUUAUUGUUUCUUUUGCUGUUUUUCUCUUUGCUUCUAAUAUUAAGGUUUUAUAUUUUGAAAAAAUGAUGCAGAUCAAAAGUCUUUAUAUGGAAGAAUUUCUUCAUUGCCUUUCCUUUAUUUCCUUGUAAGGGGCACUAUAUUAGUCAUUUCCUCAAUGGUUUCUCUUCAUAUAAAAUUAUAUCAAUAUAUGACAUACGCUAAAAUAAAUUUCUUGGAGAGUGUUAAUCAUUUCUGUGACUAAAUAGCAAUAAUAAAUGGAAAAUUAGAAAUUAUUUUUAGGUAUUGUAUUUGUCACAAACCAUUGUAAAUAUCAAUCAAGUAUGUUGUGUCUGCCAUUUUUAAAAAUUCAUUCAUUGUCUUCACUGUAAAGCAAAACAAAUGGAACAUAGGUUAGAAAACAUACCUUGUACAGUUUUAAUUUACAACUGUUAGAAACAAAAAUCUAAAUUUCUAAGAACUUUUUGGGGUGCUUCUUUCUUAACUGAUUAUUCAAGAGAACAAAGCAAUUUUCAAACUAAA